AUGGCAUCAAGGAAUGAUGGUAUUCAACUUCUUUUACAAGCAGAGAAGAGUGCUAGCGAAAAAGUUAACGAGGCAAAAAGACGUAAAGCAAGACGAUUGAAAGAAGCUAAAGCGGAGGCUCAGGCAGAAAUUGAGGCUGAACGAGCAGAGCGCGAGCAUCAUUUCAAGAUAUGUGAGGAUAAGAUACUUGGUCGCCGAUCAGAAAUAGAACUUCAGAUUCAGAAGUUGACUCAGGAGAUAAUCAACACUCAGACCACUUCAGUUAAUUUACAUAAAGAAGAUGCUAUCAAUAUGUUGCUUAGUUGUGAACACAAAGGUGAAUUACACUAUAAGUGUACAAAAAUUGCUCAAGAAAUUGCUAAUGAAGAACAAUGUGAGAUCAGUAUGGAUAUAGUGUGUUUGGCCACUGAAUUAACUUUUCGUUUUUAUCAAAUUCUUGCUACUGAUUUAGAGGCAUUCAGUAAGCAUGCAAAACGUUCAACUGUUACUGCUGAAGAUGUGUUUUGUUUUGUACGAAGAAAUCCUCGAUUACUGCAGCAUUUGAUGGAUUACCAUAAAAGUCAAACUGAGAAUAACAGACAAGUAACAUUGGAUACUACUGGUGAAAAUUGUAAAGCAAAACAAAAAACCAAAGCUUGCAGAAGGAAACCCAUUGGAAAUAAAACGGACAUCAACGAAUCAAAAAAGGCUGAUGGAACAAAUACAAUACAGUUGGCGUGAAUAAGAUUCAAGCAGAUUUAUUAUUUUGUAAUAUUACUGUCUGAAAAUGUUAGCUGUUUUUGUUAAAAUCUCAACAGUAUGUUGUUCCUUGUAUUUCCCUUUUCUUCUCCUCAAAUGAACUUAAAAACCUGUUUUUGUUUUAUAAACCGUCAACGGUUUAUGUGGAUUUUGGAGUAUAUACCUCACAGGUUUUAUUGAAUCAAACUCUUUUUUAUUACUAACGUUUACCAUUUUGAUGGAAUAUUUCAAAAUGACUGUACUUUUCGUUUCAUC